CGUGACAGGCUGCUUCCCAGAAUGCAUUGCGUUUUGAGGCUGGUCUGCUAGAGCUAAGAUGACCGACUUUGAGGAACCGCUCUCCGACGAGGAGAAGGUCCGCAUAGCAGCAAACUUUGUUACCCAUGCUCCACCUGGCGAGUUCAACGAAGUGUUCAACGAUGUGCGGCUUCUACUCAACAAUGACAACCUCCUCAGGGAGGGGGCAGCCCAUGCCUUUGCCCAGUAUAACAUGGAUCAAUUUACCCCUGUAAAACUGGAAAAUUCGGAGGAGUCGGUUCUGAUUACGGAGCAUGGGGAUUUGGGUCAGGGACGCUUCUUUGACCCGCGGAGCCACAGGUCGUUCCGUUUUGAUCACCUGCGUAAAGAGGCCAGUGAUCCGCAGCCUUACCAGGGUGAGACCGCCCUGCACUCCUGGAGGGACGCCUGUGAUACUGCACUUAGUGCCUACGUCAAGGAGCAUUACCCUACUGGAGUGUGCACGGUAUAUGGAAAAACCGUGGACGGUCAGAAGACCAUUAUUGCCUGCAUCGAGGGACAUCAGUUUCAGCCUAAAAACUUCUGGAACGGGCGCUGCAGGUCAGAAUGGAAGUUCACCAUCAACCAGCCUUCCUCUCAGGUGGUGGGAGUGCUGAAAAUCCAGGUGCAUUAUUAUGAGGAUGGCAAUGUGCAGCUGGUCAGUCAUAAAGAGGUGGAAGAGUCUAUCAUAGUCACUGAUGAAGAGACGACUGCCAAGGAAUUUGUAAAAAUCAUUGAAAAUGCAGAGAAUGAUUACCAGACGGCUAUCAGUGAGAACUACCAGACAAUGUCAGACACGACCUUCAAAGCUCUGCGCAGGCAGCUUCCCGUCACCCGCACCAAGAUUGACUGGAACAAGAUUCUCAGCUACAAGAUCGGCAAAGAGAUGCAGAACGCCUAGAACGUGCCUGGUUCCAGCUCUCUUCCUCUCUCUCAACGCAGAACCGGUCAAAAAGAAAACCACAUGCUGUUCGCUAAUCAGAGGGAGACCCCCCAUCCCUGAAAAAAACAAAAAAAACAAACAAAAAAAAAAAAAACCCACAAAUAAGUCAAGGAACUUGCUCUAUCAAUGUUACUAAGAGGAUGUGAUUCCAUUCAAUUUCGGGUUUGUAAAAGGACUCAGCUAAUGGAGGAGGGUCGGACAUGAGCUUAUAGGGAGUCUGGAUCUAAAUUACUGGCAAAUCCGAUGCCAUUAUUGCAUUUAUGUGAAUUCAUCUGAUACCCGUGUAUCCAAAAUUCUUUUGAAAGGGUGUACAGUGUAGGUUUUUUUUUUUUUUUUUUUUUUUUUUUUUUUUUUUUUUUUGGUGUCGUGAGCUGCGAUGGUUUGGAAUGUUUGUGAGUAUGGUUUAAUUGUCCUAAAGAGAAGCGGAGAAAAUGCUGUCUGUCUCACUCAGUAACUACUGACUGCAGUACAAUACUCGGUACAAACCUCCUCUUCUUUUAGAGUCAGCGUAUGUAAGGAGGGAAGGCUUGUGUCUGAGUGUUGGAAUUGGUCUUUGUCUUAAUGCCUCACUCUUAGUACCUCCCUUCUGUAACUUAAACCCUCCCAGAAAAAGACGACAUUUAAAAAAAAAUAUGUAUGGAUUCCUGAAUUAAUAAAAGCAAAGAAA